AUGCUCCCCAAGGCUCUGCUGCUUGCCGCCCUCGCCUCGCUGGCUGCUGCCCAGUCGGACUCGGACUACACCUUCUUUGCCGGCGUGCGCUACGACAACUCCACCGGCUGCCGGGCCGCCGUCGCCCAGGCCGAGGUCGACUAUCCCGUCCUCAAGUCCAUGCAUGCCCUCUUCUUCUCGACCCCCAAGAGCAUCUGCGACAACCUCGACGCCGUCGUCUCUGCCUCCGACAGUGUUGCCCACAACUGCGUCCAGACCUGGUCCGACAACCAGGGCCGCGGCGCCUGGCAGCAGUCUGCCAUCUACUCGAUCUGGUCCAACCGCAACGCCGCCCAGGCCUCCUGCGCCAUCGACCAGAAUGACACUUCAAAGUUCUGCAUCGAGAGCGUCUGGAUCGCUCAGAUCGACUCGCCCAGAAACGACGUCCCGGAGCGCCUCUGCAGUGCCUGCCAAAAGUCGUGGUGGACCUCGUUCAACCUGAAUGCCACCAUCUACCCCCAUACCUACUACUGGUCCCUCAACGACAUCCCCCACUACCUCGACCGCAUCAAGUCCGUCUGCGGUGCCAACUUUUUCGACAACUAG